CCGGCCACUUCGACCUCAUCUCCUGAUUUGACGCCAUCCGGAAGAACAAACGUCCAAGUCCGCGAUGGCCAAUUUAGUCAAGUUCCCCCUCCUCGUGAUCGCCGUUUUCUUUCUCGCCGCCCACGGGAGCGCGCUGGAAGGCCCCGACGUGGAGCUCGCCAUUCCCAGAGAACUGGACCAGUUGCUGAUCCCGGUCUCCACCCUCGUCGGAAUCCCUCCCUCCGAGGACCAGCUUCCUUCGGGCGUCACUCUCUCCCCCAGCGGCUUCUCCAAGAGGUCGCCCAGGCGGUUCCGCACCUCCUCCAGCGCCGACGAGUACCACGUGUGCACGCCAAGCCGCCACGAGGUGAUCCGUCUCCUGCUGGCGCUGCACGAGGCUCGCCAAGGUCGCAACAUGGACAGGAUCAUCCAGCUCUGCAACAGGCAUUCGAACGCUGCCGGAAUCGACACCAACAUCCGCUUCCUGGGCUAAAGAAAAUAAAUAGAUAAAAAAAAGCCCGGAAGAUAGAGAUGAAGAUCAAGAAGAAGGAAAUAACUUAGGUGAAGACGCACAGUUUGGAGGAUUCGCGCCAUAUUGGAACUUGAACGAGGGAUUUUCGUAUUUUUGUCGAUUUUUCGAACGGCAUUUUCUUCCUAAAAUGUUGUUCUUGUAAUACAAAUGAAAAAUUUAUGUACUGGAUAUACAACUUUUAGAUUUUUUUCUUUGAGCCCGAUGCAUCGCGAUGUUUACAAUUAUCAACAAAAUUGGACACUUUCAAUGUAUAUAAUAAAGCAUUUCAUGAUUAGAUUUAAUAAAACAUUGU